AGUGAGAGUCACUGAGUCAGUCGACUGUCAGGUUUCGUUCUCCGAGGACGUACGUCUUCGUAAGCCCGCGUUGUGUUACUCGACGAGGAUUUCCCCGCUCCAGCCCAAUCCGUUCUCCGUGCCCUCAUUCAAAUCAAAAUGCCCGUCUUCCACACUAAAACGAUCGAGAGCAUCCUCGAGCCAGUGGCGCAACAGGUCUCUCGUCUUGUUAUUUUACAUGAGGAAGCCGAAGAUGGAAAUGCUAUGCCAGAUUUGGAACGGCCCGUCCAAGCGGUGUCAAGAGCAGUGACUAAUCUUGUAAAGGUUGGUCGGGAAACGAUUAGCAGCAGUGAUGAUACAAUCCUCAAGCAUGAUAUGCCUUCUGCCCUCGAUCGGGUCGAGAGGGCAUCGAAACUCCUCGAAGAGGCUUCUGCUAUGCUCAAAGCCGAUCCGUACUCAGGACCGGCCAGAAAGAAGCUUAUCGAAGGUUCUAGGGGCAUUUUACAAGGGACUUCGUCUUUGCUACUUUGCUUCGACGAGUCCGAAGUCAGGAAGAUCAUCAGGGAAUGUAAAAAGGUGCUUGACUACUUGGCCGUCGCCGAAGUCAUCGAGACGAUGGAAGACUUGGUCCAAUUUCUCAAAGAUCUCAGCCCUUGCUUGAGCAAAGUUUCAAGGGAAGUCGGUGCCAGGGAGAAAGAAUUGACGCAUCAAGUUCACAGAGAAAUACUGAUACGCUGCUUGGAUCAAGUCAAAACUUUAGCUCCGAUCCUUAUUUGCAGUAUGAAAAUAUUCAUCCAUAUUAUCUCCCAAGAGGGAAAAGGUGCAGAAGAAGCAGCUGAAAAUAGAAACUAUCUUACUUCAAGAAUGACCGAUGAGCUUCAUGAAAUAAUCAGGGUCCUUCAGUUGACGACUUACGAUGAAGAUGAGUGGGACGCUGACAAUCUCACAGUAAUGAAGAAAGCUAACAACGCAAUACAAAGCAAAUUCAAGACUGCUAAGGAUUUCCUUGAAGAUCCAUUUGCCAUGAGAGGUGGAGUCGGCGAGAAAGCAGUGAGACAAAUUGUGGAACAUUCAUAUGCAGUCGCCGACAGAGCAAUGCCUGCUGACCGCGAUAACAUAAAUAGACUCUGCUCGGAGAUUAACACAAUGACGGAAGCGUUGUGUGAAUUGAGGCAAGACGGAAAAGGAACAACCCCACAGGCUGAAAGUGUGAGCCGAGGUAUACAAGAAAAACUCGGUGAUUUAGUCAGGGUUGUCAGCUCGGCUGUCAACAACAUGGAGCGUCUCGGUGGAGAACAGAUCGCCCACACUGUAGCGGGUCGGCUUGAGCAAGCUACAAGGUGGCUACAGCAUCCAGAGAGGGAUGACAGUGGCCUAGGACAUCGGGCCAUCGCUCUAAUCGUAGACGAAGGAAAGAAGGUUGCUGAGGGGUUGCAAGGUGUGCACAAGGCUGAGAUGAUAGCUCUUUGCGAACAGGUCGACCGACUUUCUAGGCAGCUGAGCGAUUUGUGCAGGCGCGGAAUGGGCAAUUCUCCACAAGCACAGCAGGUCGCAAGAAAUCUCUCUGAAAAAUUGCACGAAUUGAAAGAAAGCAUUCAGAAUGCAGUUGUCAACCGUGUUGUUGAGGAUUUUGCUGAUAUAAACACGCCAUUAAAACAAUUCAACGAAGCUGUUCAUGUUCCCGAAGGUGUGCAAGGAAGAGAUACUAACCUCAAUGAUAAAGGUGCUUGGUUGAGUUCUUGGUCGAAAUGUGCUGGCCGUACUGGUCGGCUGGUAGCAGCCGGUGGUACCGGUGGUAAUAAGAAGCUGAGCGAGGCGUUAGUCUCUGCAGCUGGCCGGGUAGAAUCAUUGACACCGCAGUUGGUAAAUGCUGGUAGAAUAAGGCUCACCUACAGCGAAUCGAAAGCGGCCGAGGAGCAUUUUGAAAACCUGCGUAAACAAUAUGCAGACAGCGUUGCGAAAAUAAGACACCUGUGCGACGAGGCUAUAAACUCGGCGCACUUUUGUAAAAUUUCAGAAGAGCACAUGCAAAAACAUACUGUACUGUGUGAAGACGCGAUCGCAAAUGCUGAUGCAGAGAAGAUGGUAGAGCACACCACUGCCAUUGCACGAUUUGCAAAUAGAGUUCUUCAAGUCGCUAAACAAGAGGCUGAAAACUCGGAAGAUCCCAUUUUCAUCGCCGCUGUUAACAAAGCUGCUGAUUAUCUCCAAAACUGUGUAACGAGGAUGGUGCAGGAAGCGAAAUCUGUUGCAGUUAACCCACACGACCAUGCUGCAGUCUCCAGGUGGAGAGAAGCUAACAGAGCUCUUCUUGGUGCAGUCGGUGAUGUAAGACGUGCACUUACAGUUACCCCAGAUAUCGGCAGUCUUCAAAUCAGCGAACCAGUUUAUCAGCCUCCGAUUCACAGGCCUGUCCAUUAUGCUGAACCAGAAUUGGCUCCACCACGCCCACCACUUCCUGGAGGUGAUCUUCCACCUCCUCGUCCUCCACCACCAGAGACAGACGACGAAGAUGACAUGUUUAUGCAUGCUCCGCAACCCAAUCAACCGAUCAUGGUUGCUGCACACGGUUUACACGAGGAAGUGCGUCAGUGGUCUUCGAAGGAUAACGACAUCAUUGCAGCUGCGAAAAGAAUGGCACUUCUCAUGGGCCGGCUUUCACAACUCGUAAGAGGCGAAGGAGGUACAAAACGAGACCUGAUCGCUUGUGCCAAGGAAAUUGCCGAAGCUAGUGAAGAAGUGACAAGAUUGGCCAAAGAAUUGGCGAGGGAAUGUACAGAUAAGAGAAUGAGAACGAGCUUGCUACAAGUCUGUGAAAGGAUUCCAACGAUUGGAACUCAGCUGAAAAUUCUAUCUACUGUUAAAGCUACUAUGCUGGGAGCUCAAGAAAUGAUUCCAAGGAGGGAAUUGGCGGAACUGGAAGGCGGCACUGAGGAAGAUCAGGAAGCGACAGACAUGCUUGUCGGAAACGCACAAAAUCUCAUGCAGUCGGUGAAAGAGACUGUGAGGGCUGCUGAGGCGGCUUCGAUCAAGAUUCGCACUGUUGCAGGAAUCAGGUUACGCUGGGUGCGCAGGCAGCCAUGGUACAAUUAUUAGUUUCAAUUACGACUAAAUGAGAUCAUCGAUUUACUUAAAUGGCCUGACAACCGUUCUAUCAAGGGCGUAAUUUUUAAACGUACACUUUUCAAUUAAUUUAUUUCGAUACAGGUUGUUUCAAUCUUGAGUUAAUUAUACAGCGAAGCUUUGCAAUUGAGCUUUAUUUAAACCGAAUCGACGGUUUAAGGUUCUUAAUGCGCAGUUUUACCGUUUCAAAUUGAGAUGGCGCAUGUGAUACAAUGCACAAAAUAAACGGUUUUCAUUCAUCGGAGAUCUAGAUUUCAAUUAGAAUAUUGUUACAAAUAGCUCUUUUUAAAAGUUUUAUGAAUGUUUACCUCAUUUUAACUAUUCAAUUUUAAACGGUCGGCUAAUAAAUGUUAAAUUAACUAGUGCUCAAAGUUUAAAACUUAUAUAUUGGUGCCUAACCCUGUUUAGAGUAUUUUUCAUAAUAGAUUUGUAUAACGGUGGAAUUUUAAAUACUAACGUCGUCUAUCAGCUGUAGCUCAUAUUUAUUUUCAGAUCAAAGCAGCAUAAAAAACUGGCUUACAGGGUUUUAAGAUUAGUGCAAAUCCAGGCCAUAUCUCUUUCAAUCAAAACCCAAUAGUGGUA